GUUGAAGUGGUUCAACAUAUUUGCCAAAUAUGUUCAGUAUUUGCAAAAAGAAAAAAAUAUGUAUCUGGACAUAUUUGCCAAAUAUGUCAGUCUUCCUAUUGGUCAAGAGGGGUGGGCGCGGAUCGCCAUCUUGGAUCGUGAAGCGAAGGGCUUGGAUCGCAUUAAAAUAAGAUAUUCCCAACAUAUUUGCCAAAUAUGUCGGUCUUCCUAUUGGUCAAAAAUAUGGGGCGCGGAUCGCCAUCUGGGAUCGCCAGCUGAAGGGUGUGGAUUGAUUCGAUCUAUUUGAGCAGAUUUACGAAUCUGUUGUAAUAAAUUAAUAUAUUUCUCAACAAAUUUGGUGAAUAUGUCCGUGCUCCUAUUGGUCAGAAUAAGGUGGUUCGGAUUGCCAAUUACUCAACAUGUUUGCCAAACCUGCUCUAUAAAAUCCACCACAAACCUCACCUCACAACCCCAUCUCACGGUUCCAAUCUGUCUUCUAACUUCUCCAAAUUUUGGCCAUCUCCUUCAUCUUAACCCAAGUUUUCAUGGCUACACAAAGAGAGCACCCCCAUCCCGGGCCCAUAAAACGUUCUGUAUUGGUAAUGAAACCUGGAGAACAUCGUGCCGAUAAUGUGUGGAAAACUGAAGAGUCGAGAGACCUAAAAUUGAGGUGCAUUACUUACCCCAAAUCCGCCAAAGACGAUGGCGAACGUGAUCCUAGAGUCGUACAACUGCUGAGGGCAUCAGGCUUUCAAGGAGCUGAACGAGUAGUACAAAUCAAAAUUGAUCACGGUCUUAUCACUGCAUUGGUUUAGAGGUGGAGACCAGAAACACAUUCUUUCCAUUUACCUUUUGGCGAGGUCGGCAUUACCUUGCAAGAUGUACAGGUGCUGCUGGGGUUACCGAUUGAUGGUCUCCCACUUACUGGUCCGACGGCACAUAGUAAGACUGAAUGGGUCCAAAUGUGUGAUGAUUAUCUUGGUUUCAGACCAUUUGAAAAAGAUAUAAUAUCAUCCAACAGCAUUAGAAAUCUAGCCAUUCAGCGCUUUUUGUUGUCACCGUGGAGCACUGACAUUGAAGUUAUUCAACAUACUAAAACGUUGAUUUGGCAGUUGCUCAGUGGGUUGUUGUUCCCUAGCACUUCCGGUAGAGCGUCACUUUACUUUCUUGAGUUGUUGCAUGACAAUGUAGAGAAUUUGACUAGGUGGAGUUGGGGCUCAGCUGUGUUGGCAUUUCUGUACCACAACUUAUGUGAAGCGGCGAAGGCGGACACAUCUUCGAUUGGAGGAUGUUUAAUCCUCCGCGUCGGAAUGUUUGCAUAAUAUCUGACCGACAUGUCGCGAUUGAUUGUGCGUUCCGGAAUGUGCCACAAUUGGGAACACCUCUAAUUCAGAGGCGAUAUUGUCUUCGACACAUUCGAAGUAAUUUUAUGUCCCAAUUUCGAAGCAAGAAUCUCAAAAAAUUGUGUUGGCGUGCCGGAAGUACUUCCAUUCUAAAUGAAUUUACUAACUACAUGCAACAAAUACGGGGUGCUAAUGAAAGAGCAUUCAACUAUCUUGAUGCCAUUCCUAAAGAGAAGUGGGCACUUUGUUUUGAUGGUUGAUGUCGUUAUGGAAUUUUAACGACCAAUCUAUCUAAAAGUUUUAACCAUGCCCUAAAAGGAUGUAGAACGCUUCCGAUUACAGCACUUGUGAGAGCAACUUUCGAUAAAUCUGUUCAGCUCUUUGUAGAACGACGUAAUGCUGGUAUGAUGUGGAAUCAAAGUGGAUAUCAAUUUCCGGAAAAAAUCCGGAAGCAGAUUAUGGAUGGAUGGAAACAAAGGCGUCACACUGUUGUAAUCCCGCACAAUUAUCACAAUGGAGUUUUCUCAGUAGCCAUAGAAAAUGCAACUCCGGUUACGGUAGAUUUUUCAAGGAGCGACUGUGAUUGUGGCUGCUGGAGGAUGAACUGGAUGCCAUGCAGCCACGUGCAUGCUGUGUGUCACUUCCUCGACCGCCCUGUCAAUCAACUUAUUCCGGAAGUCUAUAAACUGACCUCUUACAUUAAUGCACAUGCUGGUGAUAUUAUGCCUUUACCAAAUAUGAAUGAGUGGCCUGAUAUUGGGAUCCAUCUUUUACCGCCAAAAUAUUUAUCACGAACUUCUCGAGUGGGGCGUCGUCAAGAAACGAGGUUUCAAAAUGAGAUGGAUAUGCGUCCAAGCAGAAGAAGAGGACAACAAUGAUUUCAUGUAUUUUUAAUAUUUCAGCGUUUUUAAUAAUUUCUUAUGAAGGAAUUGUACUUUUUAAGUUUUUAAUAACAAGUUGUUUCUUAUCAUUUCAAUAAAUAUUUCAAUUCAGA